CCCAAAACCGCGCUCAAUUUUUCGAGCAGAUUGAAACAUUCAAAAAUUUUAAAUGUUUUCUCCAAAAAGUAAAUUAAUAAUUCCAGAAAACUUCGAAUUUCCAUUUGAACCUUAUAAAAUUCAAAAUGAGCUUAUGAAAUCUUUAUAUUCAAUUUUAGAAAAUAAGCAAAUAGGAAUAUUUGAAAGUCCAACAGGUACUGGUAAAAGUUUAACUUUGACAGCAUCCAGUAUAAAAUGGUUAGUUGACCACGAAAAUUUAGUCAAGAAUGAAAUUCAAGAGCAAAUAGUAAAGUCAAAAACAGACAUUGAAAUACUGGAAAGUAUUUCAAGCACAGAUUGGAUAGAAACGCAAUCUCGGAUUCUACAGGAAAAGGGUAGACUGGCCAAUUUAAUCAAAACAAACAAAAUUUUAAACGAAAAAACUGAAAAAAUUAGAAAUAUCAUAGAAAAAGUACUAGAUAAAGAAAACUUUGAUUCUGAUAACAUACAGGAAAAAAAUUCAAAGAAAAAAGUCGGAGAUAUAGAAAUUUCUGAAGAUUCAGAAACGUCAGAUUCAGACAGUCAUGUCGACAGCAAAGAAAUUGAAAAAGAUGAUACUCAACUAGAUAUUAAAAUAUUUUAUUGUAGCAGAACACAUUCACAGCUUUCACAAGUAGUUCGUGAAAUCAAACGAAUUAGUAAUGAAAAUAGAAUUCGGUGUAUUUCAUUGGCUUCUAGACAAAAUUUGUGUAUUAAUGAAAGUGUCUGCAAAUUAAAUUCUGUGCAUCUCAUAAACGAAAAAUGUCUUGAAAUGCAAAGAGCAUCGAAACCUAAGACACAAACAUCUGUCUCUCCUCCUAAAAAAAAAGCUCGAACAGCUAAAAUAAAAAAAUGUCUUUUUAAAAAUAAUAAACGAAUCACAAAUCUUAAAGAUUCCAGUAUAUCUGAAAUUUUCGACAUUGAGGAUUUGAUUUUGGAAGCGAAAAAAGAAAAUGCAUGUCCAUAUUAUUCAAGUAGACUAGCAAUUGAAGACGCUCAAGUUAUAAUGUUGCCUUACCAAAUUUUAUUUCACCGCUCAACACGGUUACAAAGUGGAAUUUCCCUUAAAAAUAAUAUUGUAAUAGUGGAUGAAGCGCAUAAUUUACUUGACACAUUAUCAAAUAUUUACAGUGCAGGUGUGGACUUAAUUCAAUUGAACUCCGCUUUAGUUCAAUUAACAAAAUAUAAGGAAAGAUAUUUUAAUAAAUUUAGUACAAAUAAUUUACUGAAAAUUAAUCAAAUAAUUUUUAUUGUAAAGAGACUAAUAAAAAUAAUGUGUGAGGAAAGUAAAAUCGAGUCAAAGAUGAUAAAAACUCAUGAAUUAAUGUCUGAAGGGGAUUUUUUUAACAUAAAUAUAUUUGAAAUAUUGAAAUUUUGUGAAAAUUCUCAUUUUGCAGAAAAAGUCCACAGCUUUGCUAAGAAUUAUAUAGCAAGCGGCGAAAGUUGUAAUGAAAAACUAAGUGAAAAUAAAUUUAGCGGUAUAAAAGGCUUGCUAAAGAAAAUAGAGGGAGAAGUUGAUGUCAGCAAAGAUAGAACCAGUGAAAACGCAAAAGAAAAGGUAGCUACCGAUUUAUCAAAUUAUCAUAGCAGCAACGUGAUUCGCCCUUUAAUAUCAUUUUUGGACUGUUUGACAGAAUGUUCUGAUGAUGGAGGUGUAAUUAUAACUUAUACUACGGAAGGAAAUAAAAAUCCAUCAAUGAAAUUUGUUCUUUUGAAUCCUUCGAGACAUUUUAAAGACCUAGUAGAAGAAUGUCGUUCAAUAAUAAUAGCAGGAGGCACAAUGCAACCGGUUAAUGAUUUAGUUGAGCAAUUAUUUUCUAAAUGCAUGCAAAGAGUAAAGAUUCACAUAUAUGGUCACGUUGUUCCAAAAGAAUCAAUAUUACCUAUUGCAGUUAGUGAAGGACCAUCAGGGCAAAAAUUUUUGUUCAACUUCCAAAAUAGGUGUAAUGAGAAACAGCAGCAAGAACUUGCUCAAACAAUCUGUAACAUUAGCAAUAUAAUUCCGGCUGGUAUUGUAUGCUUUGUUCCAUCAUACGAUUAUUUAGAAAAUUUUUGGAGUUAUUUAAAACGGAAUAAUUACCUUACAGUCAUCGAAAAAAAAAAAUUCGUGUUUCGGGAAACAAAAAGCAGUAUGAAUAAUUCCGUUGAAAAAUUAUUAACGCAGUAUUCCAACUCUAUUAAGGAUCGAACGCGAAACGGAGCUUUUAUGAUUAGUGUUGUUGGAGGCAAACUGAGUGAAGGUUUAAAUUUUUCAGAUGAAUUAGGUAGAUGUGUUAUGGUUGUCGGUUUACCUUAUCCGAAUAAAACAUCGUUUGAGUUGCAAGAAAAAAUGAAAUAUCUAAAUGAAAAAUUAGGUAAAAAUGCUGGAAAUGAAUAUUACGAAAACUUAUGUUUAAAAGCAGUAAAUCAAUGUAUUGGGCGUUCUAUUCGUCAUAUAAAUGACUAUGCCGUAGUUCUUUUAGUUGAUCAGCGUUAUAGCAAUGACAGAAUAACAAAAAAAUUACCUGGAUGGAUUUUAGAAAGUUUUAUUCAUCCGGAAAAUUAUGCUCAAAUCCACAAAUCUAUUGCAAAAUUUUUUGAAAAAAAAAAAAAAUAAGUAUGAACAUUAUAUGAAAACCUAAAUUAUACAAAUUAUACAUUAUUAUUGAACAAAAUUGGAAGCUGGAAAGCAGAAAAUUAUAUUAAAAUAGUAUUAGUGCUACAAUAAAAGAUAAUCAUUGUGCAACAUUUAAGAUAAAUAAAGUCUUUAUUUUUUACCGUA